AAUUAUAAACAAGAUAGCAAAAACCCUAAAUUCUGGAAAGAAAAAAAAUGCCGAUGAAGGUGCUGGAAGCAACUGUGGCUACAUUUGAUGGCGUGUUUCAGCAAUUUACCAAUGAAGCCGCGAAUAACAAGGCGAACUUUAUCCUUUUCUAUGCUGAUAAAGAACCAUCCACCAAUCUUAGUUGGUGCCCAGACUGUGUUAGAGCUGAACCGGUGAUAUACAAGAAGCUGGAAGAGGCUCCAGGUAAUGUGGCAUUGUUGAAGGCCUAUGUUGGAGAUAGGCCUUCUUGGAGGAAUCCUCAGCACCCGUUGAGGGUCGACCCUAGGUUCAAGCUCACGGGAGUUCCUACACUCAUCCGAUGGGAAAAUGGUUCCAUAAAGGGUCGUCUAGAAGAUCAUGAGGCUCAUCUGGAGAAAAAGAUCGACACCCUUCUGUCUGAAGAUUAGAGAGUCUUGCUUCAUGGCAGAGGAGAGCUGUGGUGCCUAAUAAAUAAGCUUUUCUCCAUUUCAUAUAGUUUGGCUCUUUCAGAUUUACAGACCACUAUGUGUUUUCAUGAAUAAUAUCAUCGCAUACCUGAAAAAUACUGUUAUCACAUGGUAUAAUUGGCUUUA